AGACACGCCCCCACAUGACAUCAUUCUAUCCCUCCCUCUACAUGUCACGACUUCCUCAAAGUAUCAAUAUGGAGCUUUUGCGGCCCAUCCAGAGGAAGGAGCAGAGCGUUUGAAUGUUACACAGAAUUGUGGCGUCAGAAAGUUUAAAUGUCAGAGAGAGGCAACAUUGCGCAAGGAAGGGAUUGCUAAAGGUAAAUCAAGGAGCAUCAAAAGCUCUUGGCUCGGGCCUUGGAUACUUGGAACACAUCUGUCAGCUCAUAGAAAAAAUUGGGCAGCUCCAGGAACACAACCUCAAGCUGCAAAGGCAAGUCUUUGCCUUGCAAAAAGAGGACAGAAUGAAACAGAUGAAAGAGGAGUAUGUUGUACAGCACUGCUGCUGUGGAGCAGCCGAUGUUUUCCUCAGUUCCCACCAAGAGAUGAAGAAACAAGUUCCCUUGAGAAGGAACCGGCCACACAGUAUGUUUGUACAAAGUGGAAAUAACUCUGACCUUUUCAUGAUCCCAGAAACCGGUGUCAACUCAGAGAAGUUUGGCUACAAAGCAUCGAAUGUGCAGAUGAAUGAAAGAAGAAGCCCUUCGUUGCUCGGGUUUAGGAAGUCAGCCAACAAAGUGAAAUUUGAUGAAAGAGAUUUUCAGAAAUUGUGGGACAAGACAUACUGUUAUGCUUUGCCAGAGCAGGAAACUAGAAAGUUUGAUCAUCCAUUCGGAAUUGUCAGGGAACUUCUGAAGAAAACAAAGACCAGAAAUAAGUUGGGAAUGUCUGCAUCUUUGAAAAGUUCAUGCCCUCAGCUCUACAGGCCUGAUCUUGUACAAUGCGACUUGAAAAGAAAAGAAAGGAACUCAAUGAUUGUUCUUGGACCGAAUACAAAGAGGGAAUCUAUGUGGUCUAGCAAUUUUCUCUUAAGCAGAAAAGAUGAUGAUAUGUGAAGGUGUGGAAGAGGAAGAUGAAGAAGAAAAGCAAGAGGAUGUGCAGAAAAGACAAAAACAGGAUGCUAAGAAAAAUGGAAAAUGUGUGGAAGCUGCUCUAUUAGAUGGAAAUGUAAAUAUUGUACACUAUAAAAUGAGCAAUGCAAGUGUACAAAGAUGUGUUGAUUUGGAAUUCCCAGGGCUAUUUAUUCUGCAAACUGAUUUUGACUUGUUAUUUAUUGCCUGUUUUGUUUUCAAUGUCAGGAUAUUUCAGUUCAAACAUGUAUAGUAAAUUUUCAUAGUCUCCAACACUCCUGAAUGGAACAUUGGGACAGUUUAGGCUAUGCCACUGGUCUGUUUCAUUCAUGCUGUUCAUCUAAUGAUAUGAAAGAAUUACAUAUUAGUAUAUCUCCCCGAAAAACCUUCCUGCCGGCUAGAGUCAAAAUCGCCGGCAGGAUGGCAUCCAAAGUCGCCCAGAGUUGCGUCAAGAGGAAACUUUGGGCGACUUCGGAAGCUUUGAAGCUCUUUGAGUGCCAUCCCGCCAGCAAUUUAGAUUCUAGCCAGAGGGAAGCCUUUUCGGGGAGAUUAGUCGCCGGAAUAAGAGGCGAUUUGUCACCGGGCGACUAAAUCUCCCCGAAUCUUAUCUUGUGCCCUUACCCAUAGGACUGUGAAGCCUCUUAGAAGUAGCAUAUAUGGACCCCCGACAGGGUUCCUUUUAAGCAAUUACUAUAUAUUGCUACUGUGUUGGUGUCUUGGUCCUGAUCUCUAUACAGUCACUUCACAGUGAACAGCAAAUAUGGGUGGGGACUGCUGGGCAUUGACAACUGGUGCUGGGCACUACUAGGCGAGGGGCACCUAGUUUUUAAAUAAAGCACAUUUACAUCUAUAUGGCAAGUGAUGGUCACAAGUGUAGAACAGGAGGUUGAAAUAUAUCGCUGGAAAGCAUCAUUACAACUUCUGUUUAAAGAAACUGAUAAUUAAACAUGGUUGUUGAAUGUUUUCCCCUGAUGCCUAUAGCACAGGACUUCUACAGGUAAUAUAGUAAUUCACAAUAAAUCUGACACUGAAUGACAGUUUUGUUUUUUAAAAUUGAAGCUAAUGCAUAGUGAGGCAUAUUCUGUGAGACAUAUAUGCAGUAUAAUUGUUACCAGAAAACUAGGAUGUAUUGCUAUAGAGCUCAUCAUGGACCCUAGUGGGGGGGGGGGGUCAUUUAGUAAGUGUAUAGCUAUGGACAAAGUUCAAAAUACAGGCCAGUCUGUGUUUUCUGCACUUUUUGCCCCUCCUUGCUCUUUAAAAGAUUACAGCAGGUCUCUGUGCUCCAAAAGUAGCACAGACACCUGCACUUGGCAUUGCUGUAUUUAUGAGGGGCUGGUGGUGGAGGCAUAUAGACAUUCCAAAAAACAGCAGCAUGCACUCAAAAAUCCAACAAACAGGUGUAUAAAUAAAAGGAAAGUUUACUUUAAUGCAAAAAUAUAAGAUACACCAACAGCCUUAAUUAUUUUGUGCACAGAUACAUUUAAUCAUUCCUCCUGUCCCUUUACCAGUCCCCUAAUUUGUUCGCAAUUCAGAUAUGACAGGCAGUAAAGAGAGGACUGGCUUGCGCCUGCCAACACUGUGAUUAGUGCUUAUCACUUUCAACAGGGUCAGUGCUGCACUCUCACACCAGCUGCAAACAAGUGUGUUUUUGCAAUUGGUGCAAGAGCAGCAAUAAAUGACCCCUUGUAAAUUAUAUUUCACUGCUAAACAUCAUAGUCAGGGAUAUGGUCUAAAUUAUGGAAAGACCCUUUGUCUGGCAAACCCUAAUCGGAAAUGUGUGGCAUCUUUUGUGUGCCUAUUUUAAUGUAUUCAUUGUUCAGUUCUCUGUUACUGUUUUCAUAAAAUAUUUAUCAGCUAUUAUUCGAGCUGAAACAAUUGUUUACUUGAUUAUUCUGUGAAUAGUCUCUCUUCAUUUUUCAAUGCAUUAAGUUUUAUAUAACUUUACAAACUGUUGUCACAUUUCAGGAUGUAUAAUUUUUAUAAAAUUAACACAUUUUCUGUUUAUACCUAUGCAAAUGUUAUUAUACUUACACAUUAUUUUAUAUUUAUGACCUGCAUCAAGAUAUAUUUUUACAAGAUGUAAACAUUUUCAGAAAUAAAAUUGUUUAAUAAACUUCUUUAUGAUAUA